UAUUAUAUAUUAGUGAAAUCAGUCGAGUAUAUACUUGAACUAGUAUUUCAUUUAACACGGAAAUAGAUUACUAACACAGUUGAGAGAAAUAGUAUUUACAAAUAUUUGUAUGUCUUAAUUGAAACAUCUUUACCCCGGUCUGAUUUUGAACGAUUAAAGAUUUCUCGCAGUUUCCAUUCCCUUAUUGAAAUUUUCGCCGCGAACAUGAGAUUCAUUUCGAUUCCCAUAAACGACGUAACGAAAACGCGUUGCCUCGGCUGAAAUGCAUUUAUUGUUCGAGGCUGGCAAUUGUAGAGGCACGGGUACUGUGACUGAUUGUAAGACUGAUUUAGCUUAACGGGGAUCAUCAUCGAACUUUCAGCUUCCUGAAAGUGACGCGGAUGCGCAGAAAGUUUGACGUCAAACGGUCUCGGUUAAGGGACAGGACCUUCCGACUGCCAUAGAUAUUGAUUUCCCGGAGUUUUGAGGUUUCUAGAGCAGCGGACGUUGUAGCGCAGACGCCAUCCUCAACAUGGCGGUCCAUCAGACGCGAAGACAAUUUUUAUCCACGGAACAUAAAACCCCCCAAGCUUCGGAACGAGUGAACGAUUUAUGGUGUUAUCAGUGUGACACAAUGGAAGAUGGAGAGAGAUGUUCCAAUCUAACCGGAAAUUAUAGUGCUUUCGAGCACAAGUGCACUGGUGACAAAAGGACUUGCAUGGUGAAACGAUUUUCUUACACGACUAGUACCGAGAAUUCCACAUCAAGCCCACAAACGUGGUCCACAGAGAGAAACUGUACAAGCAAAUGUGAACCCGGAUGCAUAGUAAUUGGUGAACGUACAAAAUUGUAUGCUUGCACCGCUUGCUGCGAGCAAUCGUUCUGCAACAUCGGCACCGGUGCUGCCGAACGCUUAUCAACGAAAGGAGUCGAUCUAUUUCUAGCUCUUAUAUUGCAAAUUAUUUUAACUAUUGUUGUAUAUCCGUCGUGACAUUGUAAAUAAAACGACGUCUGGCGACGUCUCUGUAAAUAAAACCAGUUUACUAUUUCA